AUGGAACAAUUUCGUGAAUUGAAAACCCGUACAGACACUUUAGUCUCCAAGUAUGCAACUAUCAACUUAAGUUUUCAUCCUCCCCAUAUACGUCACUGAUAACGCGUUACUUAUCCAUAUUGACCAUGAGCAUAUCUGCAUUUGUUUUACAUACGAAUGAGGGGGUGAUAUUUACGUUGCAAAAUUAUCACCGUUCUAUGUAUGGGUGGACAGCCUCACUGCGUUUAGUCUUAUGGGGAUCCAGUGGCUGCUGGAGUCGCCAGAGCCGUACACAGUUACCAGCUAGUUUUCCAAGAAGUAGGAGUUAAAAGGUACAUAAACGAAAGUCACACUUCGUAGGAUGAGGGUAUUUUUGGAGAGAAUGCUGUUUGUGAUUACUUUAGGCUGGCAUUUGUAAAACUUCCACAAACGGUCACAACCGUUCUCGAAUAAACUCACUUGAGGUUUCCAUUCUCGGUAUUAGAAAACUUAUCUGAUGCGGCCGGUGCGUCCGUAAUUCCGACUGUGACUGACUGACGUUGUGUUGCAAUGUCCCUUCUCCAUACUGGCUUUUUGAUUUUCCACUUAUCGCCCGUAAUUCCUAUCCACUAUCCGUCACAUUCAUCAUCUGUCUGGAAGGCGGUAGCCCGCAUGUUUUAGGCACCGUUUAUCGCGCUUGCAGUUACUGCAAUUAUUGGUAAUUGUGUCGACCGUACGACUGUUUCUACCCAGGCCUCCCUCUGCUCACCGAUUGAGACCGAAUUCUUGGGCUAUAGUGUCCACCGCGUUUAACCAUGUUCUGAAUAUUUCUAAGCAAUGUUUCCUAACGGUUGCCCUCUUGUCCUUUGCAUUGACGUCGGCUUCAGAUAAGUGAUUGCGCGGUUUUUAGUCUAGUGUCCUAGGAUGUGUCCUAAAUGCCUAGUUUUUAGUGACCGGAUAACUUUCUGCCUUUUCCGAUAGCCGCAGCAGCGCGGGCGUCGUCUGUAAUGAGGUGAUUUACCUCAAAAGUAGGAUAGUUCUGAGACAGUUAUGAUUGAACACUUUCGACUUUUCGUCGACCAGAAUAGGUAGGUGUCCCCGACCAUAGAAAAGAGGUGGUCACAUGGUAGCACUCUUGCCUCGCAUUUACGGUGCAGUCAUGGUCUUGCGCAGUCCUACUGCACCUCAGAAAUGUAACUACAAUCUAGAUGGCAGUUUUUAUUCAAACAGUAAUGUCAGUUUUGCCAUUUUUAGCGUAGUAUCCCAAAGUUAUAUGAGAUGGCUCGUCAAUUUAAACUAUUGCAACGCAGAAACAACGAUAUAAUUAAGACGACUUCGCGUUCAUGAGGUUGGGUGUUAUGUCAAGGUGUGUAGCGACUUAGUACAUGCCUCCGGUCGUCCAAAAAACCUACUGUUUUUUGUUUCAGUUGCAGUUGGAGCCCUAUUGGGGGUUGGGCAACACAUGCAACGUAAUUAUACCGUGGUGUAUGGCCUUUUAUGGGUAGCCGACUUGCUCGAUUGACGCCUAAUUACACCAGUAGGUAUUACCACAGGUCGUCUGCGGCAGCUUAUUCACGGCUAACUUCCUUUGAAGGCCCAUCCUCUAUCCGCCACCUAUGGACGCGCCGGGUAACCUGUGGCUAGACUGCCAGACAACCUCCGUUCUCCCCGAGUUCAUGUCAUCUUCGGACCAUCUUGUGGGACAUCGCCCACGGCCAAGUUAUUGUCGAAGGGACAUGACCUCUGAAGAAGUGCAGUGUUGACCAUCCCAAGGAUUUCGCCUCCGCCGCGGGCUCCCGUCUGACUGCCUCAAACCAAUUCGCCACAUUGAUACAGGCAAUAGCCACUUCUUGAGCGUCUUAGUCGAAAACAACUGACUUGAAUUGAGGUCUACACAGUACCUCAUAGGCGGCUGUAGGCCAUGUCGGGCCUUAGUGCUAUAACUGGGUCUCUAGUGCAACGACCAAAUGGAUGAUGAAUUAGGGGCUGGUUGUGUUCCUUACGACUCCGACUUCAAGAAUUUGUACCAGGAGGCCACGCGCCCUCCAUAAGCGCAACCGAUUUUGGGGCAGAACUACCGGAUAUCUAAAAUCUGCCAUUGAUGAUGCCGAAUUUGAAAGAUGACCAUAUAGUAUAGUGGGUUUGCCUCACCGGCUAAAGACAGCCAAUGCGUAAUGAUAUUCACCGCCAGACAAGAUACUCCUGGCAAAAUGAAAAUUUUGCCCACUUUUCGGAACGGGUAAAGCUUCUCCCAAUCGCCGUGGUACCCUAGUGUAGGGGAGAUCGCCUUCCGCUUGCCAAGGUCCUCUUUGAUGCUGCACGAGUUGACGGACAAAACACUUGCCAAGGGCCGGCUUUCGACUGAUAUGAGUGAAAUGGCCAGUUAAUCGUAUAACGCUUGUACGCCCAGUGGUUUUUCUGUAGGUUAGUCAAGUGGUGUUGUUUAGCAUUAUUUGUCGAACCUACGCUUCCAUGGCUACACUUGCCUUAGUGUACUGGUGGUCGCUAUCGAGUGAGAGCUUCGGGUUCUUCCUAACCCGUCUUAUCCCGCGAACAAGGACAACCUUACCCCGGUGCUCGGUUGUCGUCUAAUUCGAAAAUGAAUGUACGACUCACUUUCCGGCGUUUAUAAGUGCAUGUGUAGCGGGCCGAGAGCAAUUUUUAAUGCUUUCUUUCCUCUGCAUAAGUGGGUGCAAAGCUAAAAAGAUAACCGUUCCGAUCCCCAGGUUUCAUUGCCUUGUUUUGCGUGUUAGUCUAUUGCAUUCGCGCAUCUAGGUUCACAAACCUAUUUUAUUCCUGUAAACCUAGGAUUUCUGCACUCCCAGAAAAAUUGCCUGAAAUCAACUGGGAGCAUUACCAGCGCAUUGUCCCUGUUCCUGGUUUGACGGAGAAAUUUAAGAAAGAGUACAUGUCCCUUACCGUUCCUGUUCCGACUGAUGCAAAGCAGGUCGGUAAAGCUGUGGAUGCACAGGCCAAAAAGAUGGUAAGUAACCGAGAAUUAAUUGCUUAAAAACUGUUAGACCGACGCUGCAAAGAAGCACAUUGCUGCGUGUGAAAAAAUGAAGUCCGAUGCCCAGGCAAUGGUUCGUUGCACUUAAUAAUCCUUCACCACAACAUUUAGAAAGCAGCAUUAAACAAGCUUCCUCCGUUUGAUGAACUGCUGCCAGAAGUUGUGAUGGCUUACUUCCCUCACACAAACAUGGAUCCGUUUUACACAGGAGAAGUUCCGAAAAUAGAAGCCCAAACAAUGCUUCAGCAUAAAGCCCCAAAAGUCCACUGGGAUUUUAGCUGA